AUUUUUGUUCCUUUACGUUGGCAAAACUGGCUUGUGAGGACGUGACGUCACUGUUAGCUCUUUUCCAUCUUGGUUUCACGAAACACAAGAUCGUAGUUCGCUAUCGGCACCAUCGAAAAUGGUUAAUAAGAAGCCAACCAAGAAGAAGGUCGCCGGCAAGAAAGUUGCCGCCGCACCACUGGCCGUGAAGAAAGUUGAGGUUAAGAAAGUGGUCAAUCCUCUCUUUGAGAAGCGGGUGAAGAACUACGGAAUCGGUCAAAAUGUGCAGCCCAAGCGUGAUCUGUCCCGGUUCGUGCGCUGGCCAAAGUACAUUCGUAUUCAGCGCCACAAGGCCGUGCUGCAGAAGCGUCUGAAGAUCCCGCCACCGAUCCAUCAGUUCUCUCAGGCUCUGGACAAACACACGGCCCAGCUGCUAUUCGGUCUGUUGGAGAAGUACCGGCCGGAAAACCCGAUCGCCAAGAUCCAACGAUUGAAGGCUAAGGCUGAGGCCAAGGCCGCUGGUAAGGAGGAACCUCCAGCAAAGAAAACCAAUCGCCUGCGGCAGGGCGCCAACACCGUCGUCAAACUAGUCGAGCAAAAGAAAGCUCAGCUGGUUGUGAUCGCUCACGAUGUUGACCCCAUUGAGCUGGUCAUCUACCUGCCGGCUCUGUGCCGUAAGAUGGGUAUCCCGUACUGCAUCAUCAAGGGCAAGUCCCGACUGGGAACGUUGGUGUUCCGUAAGACCUGCACAUGUGUUGCCCUGACGCAGGUGGACAACUCCGACCGCGCUAAUCUGUCCAAGCUGGUUGAAACCAUCAAGACCAACUUCAACGAUCGCUACGAGGAGAUCCGCAAGCACUGGGGAGGUGGUCUGCUCGGACCGAAGAGUAUGGCCCGCAUCGCCAAGCUGGAGAAGGCUAAAGCUCGGGAACUUACCCAGAAGACGGUGUAAGUUGUAGAUUUCCCGUGCCCUAACCGAUAGCUGUUGUAAUAUCUUGUGUAAGGACUCGUGCCGAAUUCUUUCGAUGUUGAAAGAAGAGGAAGAAAGAGAAAUAAAAUCAGAAAGCUCUUGAAACAUAA